GAUGAAAUUCAUAAUUCACAAUUACUAUCUAGUAUCGAAAAAAUUGUUCAAAAUGACGGUGUCUGCAUCCCAACGAACCCUAGGAAAAGUAGCCGCUUUACUAGGAAUGAUCCAGGGAUUUGGCUGGUCUGGAUUGUCCUUAACUUGUAUAAUUCUGUACAAUAUGUCACCAAAAAAUAUGAACAAUACUAUCACAUCGUAUAGCCAAUUUAUCGACGAUUCGUUAUACAUGACGUAUUUAUCAGCUGAAUUAAAUAGUCGGCUAAGUUUUGUGAUAAGACCACGAGAUUUCACAAUUCUGAUGUGGUUUUAUUUUCUGUUGAGUGCCGGAUGGUUUUUUGGUUCCAUCGACCAAUUCGUAGCUUGCCAUUACAACAAGAAACGCAUAUCCACUAUGAUGAUGAUAUGGGGUUCCAUCACAGGUGUUAUAUCAGUGAUUGAUCUGGUUCUCACUUGCCUUCUGUUAAGAGAUUACAUACAUUGCGGGGAAGAACCCAAUAUAGACGUUUCUUGCUAUUUGGCAGUUGGAAUAGUUAUGACUCUGGCUGCUAGAGGUUACAUACUAUGGUUAAUUAAUGUGGGAUUUACGUUUUUGAUGUUCUGCAAUGCUUGGGAGAUCAUCAAAAAGGAAUAUGCCGAAAGGAAAAAAUUUGGCAACUGUACAAUACCAAGGGUCCAGCUGCAAGACCCUCCACCACGUAAACCUGUCCAAAAAUAUCCAAGAGAAGAAAAUUCUCAUGGCAUGGAAUUUCCCAGUCAUUCAAGAAGCCGUUUUUAAAGUUAAUAAACAUCGUUGAAUAUUUUCUAACAUAUGCAAAGCAACAAAAGCAACACAGUUAGAGGGGGUCAAAAUUUUUGUUCAAUAUCUUGUGAAGAACUGUUCAACUUGUGGAAUUACAUAUUUACAUUCUUCUUGUGUGGAAAAACAGUUGUAUAACUUCUAUCCAUUCUCAAGUAAUACGUAGGAUUGUGAUAAAUAUUCCCUUCUCAAUCAUCACCAUAAACAAUGAAAUAGAAAGUUGAAAAAUACGUAACUCCACCAAGGAAAAAUUAAAGUUCAAAAAGCUGACAUUACUGAGAAAGUGAACAUAAUCGUAAAGAAGCAAAUUAGCUGUUAGUUGUUAUUAUCCUUUUAUUGAUAAAACUUUUUGGUUAUGUGAAACAUUUAUGUUAAUUUGGGGUUUUUACAAUAAUAAGGUUAUGUCUAAUCCAAUUUAAAUGUCAUAAACUGCGAGUAUAUUUUAUUUAUUCCUAGUUGAGUUACAGUUUUUUAUUCUUUCGUUCUUUUUUCAACUGAUUUGAUUGCUGUACAUUUUUGUUAAAUUUGAACUGUAGUUGAAGUUGAAGUGUUAUCAUAUAUUGAACACAAAAAUUU